AGAAACAGUUUUUUCCGGCGAUGGCUGGAUCUUCCUCACCCGAAGAACUGCCACCACAACAUCAAGUGUUCAUUAAUUUCCGUGCCCGGGAUUUGCGCUAUGGAUUCGUGAGCCAUCUUGAGAGGGUCUUGAAAGAUCAUAAAAUUAAUGUCUUUGUCGACAACGGUGAGGACAGAGGCGAACACCUAGAAAAUCUAUUGACGAGGAUAGAGGAAUCGCGAAUCGCUCUGGCUAUCUUCUCCGAGAAUUACACCGAAUCAGCAUGGUGCUUGAGAGAGCUGGCGAAGAUCAAGGAUUGUGUGGAUAAAGACAAACUCGUGGUUAUUCCCAUCUUCUACAAAGUGGACCCAUCCAUCGUGAAAGGCUUGAAGGAAGGCUUCGGUGAUGCAUUCAGGGAGCUGGCGAAGGGUGAUGAAAGGAAGAAAGAGUGGAAGGAAGCUUUGAAAGCGAUUACCAAGAUUCUGGGCAUCCCGGUGCACGAGAAAAGGAAAGUAAAAGUUAUUUUUCCGAACUCGUAUUGCAGCAACGAGAGCGAAAUUAUCAGCGAAAUAGUCAAGGAGGUUAAGAAAGUGCUUAACGAAAUUCCAUCGGAGGGAAGCCAAAAGGCUUAUGUGGAUCCAUCAGAAAAUAACGACACUCAAACUUCCUCAGGAGGCGAAAAGGAUAAGACUUUUGGAAUCACACAAAGACUGAGUGAAUUGAAAGAGAAGUUGGAACUCAAUAAACUUAGAAGUCAUCUAGGAAUUAUAAUAGGUUGUCUUUUGCUUCUCUUUUUUGUUCUGCAACAAAUUGCUUAUAUGAGCACACGUUUAAUUGGUGAGGGCGGUGCCAUCGACAGAAUUGCGGUGAAUUUACAAAAAAUGCCGGAGUACAUUCCUGCAGAUGGAACAGAGAAUCCAAUAGACACAUAUACUGAAUUUCAUACUGAUAAAUAUGAAGCAAAGCCUGAGGGAUCUUCUUCUGCCGCUAAAUUGAAUGCCGAUUUCCUUGACAGAACUUUCACCAACUCGCGAAUGGAUGGUAAAGUCAAGCCACCGAAUAUUCAAGUUUUCAUCAAUUUCCGCGGAGAUCAGUUGCGCAACAAUUUCGUCGGAUAUCUCAGGCAUGCACUUCGGAUUAGUAAGAUCAACGUGUUCAUAGACAAUGAGGAGCAAAGAGGUGAAGACCUCAACACUCUUUUCAAGAGGAUCGAAGAAUCUCGGAUUGCCAUAGUUGUGUUUUCGAGUAGGUACACAGAAUCAAAAUGGUGCUUGGAUGAGCUCGUUAAGAUUAAAGAACGUGUGGACGAAGGCCUUCUCAAGGUGUGAUCAAUAAACAUUGGAUAUACCUCUAUAUAUCUUAUUCAGGAAAAGAAAGUGAUUUAAGAUCU